CUCUCUCAGAGGCAUCAGAGAUUCAGAGGCUCUUUACUCUUAUUAUAAUUUGGGAAUAUAACUUAAUAAUUAAUGUUAUGUUAAUCAGCAACUUGUACUAUUAUAAUAGUAGUACAGUUUAACGACGAAUCGAGAAAACUUGGAUCGUACCACGUGAGGGCAAAUUAAAGAAAUUUUUUUUGAACUAGUCGAGUAGUCGUCAAUUGAAGAGAAGUGGUGAAGUAGCAUCAAUAAGCAACAUUGGAGGAACCAGCCGGGAAUUGUGUGUGGUGUGGUGAUUGGUGGCGAUGCGGUGGUGCGAUGCUCAGCAUGUCUGCAAGUGCUUGUAAUCAGUUUUUUGUUAUCGCAUGACAAGUGUGACGCCGAUGACGACGCGAAUGCCAAGGAAUUCAUUGCGUCAUGGUAGAAGAUAGAGCUCCAAUUAAUACAGAAACCAAGUAUCAUAUAGUAAAUGCGGAUCAGGACGUCGCAGAGGAAACGCGCGGAGUAAAAACAAGGAUGCCUUCCGAGAUGAGAUCGAUUAGCGCGAGUGACUGGGUUACAGUCGCCGUCCUCUGUUUCGUAAAUCUCAUAAAUUAUAUGGACCGCUUUACAAUCGCUGGAAUAUUGAGUGAGAUUAAACGGGACUUUGAUAUUGGCAAUGAUAAGUCAGGGCUGCUACAGACUGCAUUUAUUUUGAGUUACAUGGUAUUUGCACCAUUAUUUGGCUAUUUGGGAGAUCGUUAUAACCGGAAACUCAUUAUGAGCAGUGGUGUAUUUCUGUGGUGCCUAACCACAUUUAUUGGCUCUUAUAUGAAAACAUUUGGAUGGUUCCUAUUUUUUAGAACACUUGUUGGUAUAGGAGAAGCAAGUUAUUCUACAAUUGCACCAACAAUAAUUAGCGAUCUGUUUGUAAAAGAUGUACGGUCUAAAAUGCUUGCUCUAUUUUACUUUGCUAUUCCAGUUGGAAGUGGUUUAGGAUAUAUCACGGGUGGUGAGACAGCUCGUAUCAGUGGUUACUGGCAAUGGGGAUUACGUAUUACUCCUAUAUUAGGUAUUAUAGCUAUUCUCCUAUUGCUCACUGUGGUAAGAGAUCCCAUUAGAGGUGAACGAGAGGGUGGCGUUCACUUGACAAGUACUACAUGGUCACAUGAUAUCAAGGAAUUAUUGAAAAAUCCAAGCUUUAUGCUCUCUACUGCAGGAUUUACUUGUGUGGCAUUUGUCACAGGUGCACUGGCAUGGUGGGCACCAACAUAUCUACAAUUAGGUUUCCAAUUACUUCCUAAUCAAAUGAAGAUUGAUCCAGACGAUGUUGCAUAUAAAUUUGGAUUAAUUGGUAUGGCAUCUGGUUUAAUAGGAGUACCUUUAGGCUCCGCCAUAGCACAAAAAUUACGAGUUUACUGGCAACAAGCUGAUCCUUUAAUAUGUGCCAUAGGUCUUUUAAUAAGUGCUCCUUUAUUAUUUUUUGCUAUGAUUACUGCCAAUACAAAUUCGACCCUUUGUUACAUACUAGUAUUCUGUGGUCAAGUGUCAUUAAAUUUGAAUUGGUCCAUUGUAGCCGAUAUGUUAUUGUAUGUAGUUAUUCCUACAAGAAGGUCUACCGCAGAAGCAUUUCAAAUACUUAUUGCACAUGCUCUUGGAGAUGCAGGCAGUCCCUAUCUUAUUGGAGUUAUAUCGGAAAGAUUAAAAUCCACAUUACUACCAACUGUGGUAGGACAAGCCGGUGUUCAUAGCAAUCAAAAUAUAAUUGUAGAAUUUCGUAGUCUACAAUACGCGAUGUUUCUUACUAUGUUUGUGGAAGUAAUCGGUGCUCUAUUUUUCUUCUUGACAGCACUGCACAUACAAAAAGAUAAGGCGUUAGUUGACCUCGCUAUUGCCGACAAAUGUCUAGAUACUAAGAAUAAAGGGCAAGCUGAAUCAACGAAUUUAUAGAUCAUCACUGGGCCUCACCUGAUAGUGUGCUGUAUAUCUGAUUAUUGAAAUGUUAUCUGUGUACUGAUUGGGGUAAUAUACUUUUACAGAAUAUACUAUAAGUACUAAUUAAUAUAGGAUUUCUGAUGAGAAGCAAUCUAUAAUUUUAUAUAUUUUAAUAAUUGUUUUACAAUAUAUAAUGCACACAUAUUUGUAUUUAUACAAUGUUUACAUUAUAACACACAACACACAUGCGCACGCACAGACACACAUAAAAUACUACUUAUACCUAUACUAUUUAUACCUGCCGAUUUAACUGAGUUUGCGUAUGACUAAAGUACAUUAAUUGUAUUAUGUUACUGUGCUAUUUUCAGGUGGAAGUAUUUCAGAUUCAGUAUGUAUUUGCAACGAUGCAGUUGACAGCGAAUUACAAAAUGAUAGGAAUACGAUAUUAGAAAUUAAUAGACAUCAAGUGGAACCGUCUCACUAGGACAAUGUUGCGAAGUCUUGACACUUUAGAUGAGCUAUUGUUGCGGAUGUACAGACAUGGUUUUAUCGAACAUUGCAGUUGGUUUCAUGACAGACGAUGUCACUCUUACAUAGAACAAGAAUGUUCUGCAGAAGUUCGUGAAGCAAAUUUGCAUAUAAUUAUUAUUACGAAAAAUAUCUUUAAAGGAGUAAUUACAAGUUACCAUUGUUAAUAGUGUAUAAAGUGUUAGAUUUUCAGGCACUUUCCUAACACAUGAACGAAGGCGUAUAUAGAAAUUGUACAAUACUUUAAAUGUUAUAUUUUUGUAAUCUCUUAUUGCGCGCGAAUUCGUGUAUCAUAGUAUCGAUAUUAUCAGACAAUAGAUCAAUAGAAUACAGAUUAAGAGGUAUGAAUAUUUUUACUCUGUAUUAGUAAAUGGUUUGCGCGUAUAAGAUACACAAGUACGUUUCUGUUCGAAUUGUUCGUAUGAUUUGUAAUAGAUUAGUAUUAAUGUAAUGCGUUAAUAUGCGAUUAUACUUAUUAAUUAUAAUUGUACUAGUAUUAAUUGCAUUAAACAUAACGCGAUUCUUCAUGGAAGACAUUUUUAUAAAUUGCUAAUUUAACCUUUUUACAUAAAAAUUAUUAAUAGUUAAUAUCAUAAUCUUAAGUUUAUCACUUUAGCUAGACUGAAGUUUACGCGCGUGUAGAUAGAUAUGUUUCAAUAAUUACGAAUAUGAAUAUUUCCUCUUAGAAUG